AUGCAAGUCUCAUGCGAAAAAUCAGAUUUGGAAUAUUUUAGAAGAAUUGGUAAAAAAGGAGAAAAGUCGAGACCCAUAGUUAUAACCUUUACAACUAUGAGUAAAAAAAUCGAAUUAUUUAAAAACCGUCGGAAUCUUGAAAAGAGUUUAUAUUAUAUUAAAGAAGAUUUAACUCCAAAAAUAUUAAAAACUAGAAAACUUCUAAUUCCAGAACUCAAACAAAAGAUUGAACAAGGAGAAAGAGCUAUAUUAAAAUAUGACAAAAUUGUCAUUUUGAAAAAGAAACGAGAACAGACAAACAUCACAUAUCAACCCAAUAACAAAAGAAAUCUGUCCACAUCUCCAGAAGAGCAAACUCCAUUAGAAGAUAGAAAUAAAUUAACCAAGCAAAUACGAGUACCAAAGCGAAACAAGGUAAAUAUGAAUCAAUAUAUUAACAAAUCAUCAAGAGACAACGCUGCCAUGUCACAUAAUAAAAAUAACUGUGAAUAG